GGGAGUGUUGUUGUGAAACAGAAGGAAGACGCACACAGGAAGACACUCACACAUCACAAAGUAACACCGAGAAGACGGAAAGUUCUGAAUGUUCACUAGUUUAAGGACCCUUACCGUUACUCUUUUUAGUUUAAGACCCCUCACGUUAACCGUCAGUUCCUGAACAUUAAUGAUCGCCCUCUCCUUGUAGACCUCCUGACCCAUGGACACCUCGGAACGUCGGGAAAUCUACAUCCCCCAAGACGCUCAGGUGGGGUCCAUCCCCCUCUGGACCAUAUCGGACCGGAUCCUGGACCGGAUGGGAGUCCCCCGACCCUCCAACAACCCCUCCUCAUCCAGCUCCCCCUCUCUGUCCCCGGAGGGGACUUGGAUCUCCCCGGUGCUGGUCCGGAAGAUGAGCCAUCCUGCGGUCUCCGGGGACAUCGACCCAACGGGGGGGAGCCCCUUUUGGGCCAUGCGGAAAACACUCGCAGACACUCACGGUAGUCCGGUCGAAAUCCCGUUCGUGACGUCGAACCGCCUGGCCCUCGAGGUGCUCCGGGAUUUCCUACCUGGCGCACGGUUCUCCAACCUCACAAGUGGCCCCCGAUCGUGCAUCAGGUUACCUCGGGUGGCCGCUCCUCCCCUCCACCAUGAAGCGGUGCUCGUCUACGAGGGCAACGUCUUCCUGUCCAUCAGGAGGCCCAAGCGGAGGAGAGGAGGCGAGCCCUCUUCGGCACCCCCCACGGCUCUGUCUCCGGUCUUCUCUGUCCCGGACAGCACAGCUGCGUCCAUCGGAGAACCUCACCAGACCGAACGCACGCUGAGAAACUCUGGAGGACUACAAGUCCCAGAAGACACUGCUGCUUCUCACCCAGUCCCAGAAGACCCUGCUGCUUCUCACCCAGUCCCAGACGACCCUGCUGCUUCUCACCCAGUCCCAGAAGACUCUGCUGCUUCUCACCCAGUCCCAGGAGACCCUCAUUCUCCUCAUCAAGACCCAGAAGAAGAGUCUGAGGACACCCCCUCUGAGACCGCCAGCGCUCCCAACACAGACCACCCAGAAGCAACCAGCAGCCCCCAGUUUGGGGACCAGGACCACCCUAGUGUCUUUGUCCCGCCACAUGAGGGCAGACUCGGAUCAGCUCAGAAGAAUUACAGAGACUGUGACUUCGAAGCGCUGGCGCUGGACGAGAAGAUCGCCCAGAUGAAAGCGAAGCUCGUCGAGAGCGAAGCGGCUCUGAGGAGAGGCUGCAGCUGAAGGCCGCAACAGGACCUGUGCCCAGGCCCGGCUCUGGGCAUAGGCAGUAUAGGCUAAUGCUACGGGCGCAUCCAGGGACGUCCUUAGGGGGGGGGAAAUUAGGAGGAUUCCAGGGGCGCAGCACUGACGGGGCAGAUUUUUUUUUUAUUAUUAUUUUUCGGAUUAAAUCAUCAAAUUAAGGUGGUUUGUUUCGUUGUUUUGUUGUGGUUUGUUUCUCCAUUUUUACAAAAUCAUUAGAAAGUCUUCACCCUAUUAUCACCCCUCUCGUUUGUCAUUAUUGGGUACAGCCCAAGUCUCACGCUACUGCAGAGCAAAGUAGCAGCCAGGCAGAUCGUUGUGAAGCAAGUGCAGACUGCUAGUGUCUUAAACUAGCAGUCUAAAGUCAGUUUGCGUGUAUCCCGGUCGGUGAAAUCAAGAAGUCAGGUUGUCAGGGGAGGAAAGAGAGGAAAGAGAGAGAGGAAAGAGCUCCUACCGGUCGACAGUUCGUCACCCAGUUUUUUACCAAGAAACUUUCCCAACAACCUGAUAAUAAGCCUAGCCUAGCAGCUAGCGCUACUGUAGCUAAAAUAAUUACAGCCUGCACUGGGUGAUAAAACUGAAAAGAUCGUUUGCAUUACCAUUCACAUGAUAUCCAAUAGCCUACCUAUCUACAAAAAGCCUACAUUAUUUUUACAAGUCGAGCGGACUAUUUAAUAUCUCCCGUAUGCAGGCGUUGCCAAGCAACAUGGCCAUAGCGUCUCAUAGGGUCAACGUCUUUCCUAGGUGUAAAGUAACACUUUUUAACCUACACCCUCCAGCCAAUCAGAAUCGGGUAUUCAUCCAGACCAUGGUAAAAAUGGAGAUAAAGCAAUGAAGAAUCAGAAUCAGAAUCAGAAAAGGUUAAUUGCCAAAUACAUUUACACAUAUGAGGAAUUUGUCUUGGUAUUCGUAUCCGUUGCGCACGAUCUUAACAAACAAUAAACUGUAAACAAUAAACAAUA